AUGUCCCGAUUCUUCUCACGCAAAGAAAAAAUGACUUUAAACUUGGACAACGAAGUAGAAAGAAAGACAAGGGAUUCAGAGCGAACAACUGUUUUAACCCCUCUUCAGCCCAAUAUAGCCAUAGCCCAGCCUGUCAUUUCCGGGCCUAUCGUUAUGCAGCCUAUAUCUCCCUUGCCGAAUAUAGCAAAAUCACCAACACAACACUACACAAUACCCAGCCCAUAUUCCAUUAGAGAGACUACACACAGACCUGCCACUAGUACAUGCAGCACCCCUCUUUCGCCAACAUUCAAACCCAUAAACUCUCCACGAACACUCUCUAGCACUCAAACCACUUUUAUUAAUGUCGAUCACACCUCUCUUCCAAAGGCCGGUCUUCCAAGUGAUUAUAGACCCCCACUCUAUAGCGCUGCAGAUCUCUCAUACAAUAGUUCGGUAGCUUCAAACGCCUCGACAAGUUCAAAUACGUCCACGUCCUCUUACUCAGUAUCAUAUUUUUCCGACUUCUCGCCAACUGGACCCAAUUUCCCUGUCUCACGUAAUUCUCAACAGCGAUCUUUUGCGUCGUACAGCCGUGAAGAUUCAAUCGAUCCACAGCAAUUUUACAAAAAAACUAGUUUAAGAAAUAAGCCAUCACCACUCACACUUGACUCGAAAACAGAUCGAAUCAGCAGACAGCAACCUAUAGCACCAUAUUCUUCAAUUGGAUCUUGUUUAGCACCAGCAGGUUUUGGAUCGCAGGCAAAAGACAUAAAUACCAUCUCACCAGACAAGACUAGCACUUCUCAUCUAGUCAUGGCCAUUUUCCCUGUGGAAGACUAUGACACGAAAGAUACAAUGAAAAUAUUAUUUGAUAGUAACAUUGGAUCUAUGCAGGGAGAUAAAGCUAUCGAACGAACCAGCUAUUGGGAGGUCGACGGAAUUUCUGAUUUGGUGACCCUCGUACAAUUUCCAGACCCAAAUAUUGUGAUAGACAAUCAGACAGCUGACUACAUGGAUAAUCUUUUGGGCUAUUGUUUGGGAUUAACAUCAAUCAUAAUUAUGGUUUCUACAUAUAUUGCAGUAUUCGAGAUAGAAACUUUGUAUGAAUUAACUGACCAUCUUGUCACAACAAUGGAAACAAUUGACCCCUCAUCGUCAUGGUGGUCUCGGGUUUUAAUUGUGUUUGAUGACAAGGAAACUCAAACUACGGAAGUCAGUAAUCAUCGUGCAACCGUCCUAAAUAUUUCCUUACCCUGUAUUCGCGAACGACACGCUCUCGAAAAAACCCCGUCAUGUCUCUUUAUCAAUUCUAGAGUCUCUGAUUUCCUUGACGCGGCAGACUAUGAUAAAUAUCAACAAGAAGCACAAAGGGUUUUGCGACACUUGGUUCAAGUUCAUCAUCAGAACGGAUGGUGGCGUGGUUCACUCUACAGUGGAAAUGUUGAACAGGAAGAGUUCUCGAGUAGUGAAGAAGAUAUCGCAUUUGCCACUGUAAUAGAGCCUAAAAAACGAGAACCGCUCCCACGAAACAAAGUCAGCUCCGUUCAACGCAAAUUCACCAAGAAGAAUGGCUAUCGCUCUCAAAAUGAAAUCUUAGAAUUCCGAUAUUCUUUGCCGGGAUCAUAA